CUGCAGGGGCUUCUUAAAUACUUUGGCCAUGGACUACCGGGCAGAGACCGCGAGGGCAAUCCAAUACUGCUUAACCUUCUGGGAAAACUGGACGUUGAAGGCUUAUUCCAGUCGUGUCAAUCAAAAGACUACAUCAAAAUGCACCUCUUUAACGUCGAAAUGGGACUGCGAUUGGCCGCUAGAACGUCGGAUCAAAAGACGGAAGAAAAGAUACUCCUAGUCAUGGACCUUUUCAACCUGACGACUUCGCAUUAUUCGUACAAGCCGUUCACGAACACGUUUCUGACGCUUGUGGCCUUAUUUCAAGAAAAUUAUCCGGAUAUUUUUAAAAAGAUUGUCCUCAUCAGAGCACCAGCGGUAGCAAAAAUCGCGUUCAACUUGCUCAGACCAUUUCUUUCAGAGAAAACUACAGCUGUUGUUGAAAUGCCUGGAGACGAAUGGAAAGACGUGCUGUUCCGAUACGUAGAUCCGGAGAAGUGGCCUGCUUACUGGGGUGGAUCGCUCAUCGAAGAUGGGGAUGAGAAAUGUCCGUCGAAAGUCAACUUUGGUAUCGAUGUAGUGUCCAAAGAAGAUUACUAUGAUCCGAGCAAAGACAAGGAUGAGUACACGGAAGUUACAGUCUAUGCAGGCAACGUUCACACGGUUGAGGUAGACAUCAAAAAUGAAGGUACAGUUUUAAGGUGGAAGUACAAAACAGUGAUGGAGGACAUUGGGUUUUCGAUAUACAUAGAAGAUUCGAAAACCGACCCCUACGAUAUCGUAUAUCCAUACAUACGACUGGAAUGUUCGCUAAUACCGGUGGAAAACGAGAUGAGCUGCGAUCGCAAAGGAAAGUACAUACUCGAAUUCGACAACAGAUACAGCUGGUUUUCAGCCAAGGAGCUGUCGUACGUUGUAUAUUUGCAAGACGCUGGCGAUUAA